UCCGGCAGAGCGCUCGGGUCACGAGUGCCAGCGCGGCCGGCCGAGGCGACAUGGCUUCGGAGCCGGCGGUGCGCGCCAGGCUGCAGCGCGCGGGCCAGGAACACCUGCUGCGCUUCUGCGCCGAACUAGCGCCGGGGCAGCGCGCCGCGCUCCUAGCGGAGCUGGGGGCGCUGGAGCCCGAGGCGCUGCGGGAGCACUGCCGGCGGGCGGCCGCGGCCUGCGCGCAUCCCCCGGGCCCGCCCCCCGACCUGGCCGCGCGCCUGCGGCCCCUGCCCCCCGAGUGCGUUGGCAGCGCGAGCCGGUGCGACCCCGAGACCCGGCUGCUCUGGGAGGAGGAAGGUUUUCGCCAGAUCGCUCUGAACAAGGUGGCUGUGCUGCUGCUGGCUGGGGGGCAGGGGACUCGCCUAGGCGUGACCUACCCCAAAGGCAUGUAUCAGGUGGGGCUGCCCAGCCAGAAGAGCCUGUAUCAGCUGCAGGCCGAACGGAUUCAGCGGGUGGAGCAGCUUGCUGGCGAGCGCCAUGGGACCCGCUGUACCAUCCCCUGGUACAUCAUGACGAGUGAGUUCACGCUGGGGCCCACAGCCACCUUCUUCCAGGAGCAUGACUUCUUCCACCGGGACCCCAAUAACGUGAUCAUGUUUGAACAGCGCAUGCUGCCUGCUGUGAGCUUCGAUGGCAGGGCCAUCCUGGAGCAGAAAGACAAGGUUGCCAUGGCCCCAGAUGGCAAUGGGGGGCUCUACUGCGCACUGUCAGACCACCAGAUUCUGGAGGACAUGGAGCGUCGAGGAGUGGAGUUUGUGCAUGUGUACUGUGUGGACAACAUCCUCGUGCGGCUGGCUGACCCGGUCUUCAUUGGCUUCUGCGUGCUUCGCGGCGCAGACUGUGGGGCCAAGGUGGUGGAAAAGGCCUACCCAGAGGAGCCAGUGGGUGUGGUGUGCCAGGUGGACGGGGUCCCCCAGGUGGUGGAGUACAGCGAGGUCAGCCCCGAGACUGCUCAGCUUCGUGGGCCUGAUGGGCACCUGCUCUACAGCCUGGGCAACAUCUGCAACCACUUCUUCACCCGAGGCUUCCUCCAGAUGGUCAGCAGCGAGUUUGAGCCCUUGCUGAAGCCACAUGUGGCUGUGAAGAAGGUCCCAUACGUGGAUGAGGAGGGAAAUCCGGUAAAGCCGAUAAAACCAAACGGGAUAAAGAUGGAGAAGUUUGUGUUUGAUGUGUUCCCGUUUGCUAAGUUAGUGGCAGAAGUCAUUUAUUUUUUCUUUCUUUCCUCUCUGUUUUGGUGGUGGGUUCUGAGGCCCAGCUGGGCCGGGAAUGGAGGCAUGUGGGGCACACAGUGGGCCACCCCCUUUGCAGUGGGGAGCAGGGGCUGUAGGCAGGCUCAGGGACAACACCAGGGGAAGCAGCCCCCGCAUUGUGAGCAUGGCAGCAUCUGGGGCUGUGUACUCGGGGAGACACCCCUGCUCCUCCUGAGCCCUCUGUCUGUUCCUGGCCCGGGGUUAGGAGGUUGUUUCCAGGCCAGGGGGCUGGGGGCCUCCCCGGGGGGGGGGGUUGGCUCUUACUCUGGGGUCCCAGGGUCUGGGGGUUUGGCUGGUGGGAAUGGAAGGACGUCAAGCAGCCGCAGGGAUCUCAGGAGCAAAGAUGCAGGUGUUGCCUGUGGCCCCUCCAUAGAGGCGACUGCCCCUUCUCAUCGUCACUGCAGUGCAGCCUUCACCUGCCCAGGACCAGGGCCUCUGGCCAGGACAUCUGGUCACUAGUUCUCAUCCACACAGGAGUUUCGUGGCCUUUGAAGUGUCUCGGGAGGAGGAGUUCUCUCCUCUGAAGAAUGCUGCCUCGGAUGCCAGAGACAACCCCGCCGUGACCCGGCGUGCCCUGCUCAUGCAGCAUUACCGCUGGGCCCUGCAGGCAGGGGCCC